UAGACAGUGUACUACAAAAUAUAAUCAACAUACGGUUGUCAAACAGUUCACAUAUAUCCCAAAAUGGCAUUCAAAUUGAUCGUGCUCGCCGCCAUUGUGGCCGUAGCAAACGCAGUAGCUGUUGGUGUUGGAUACCCAGCUGCCUACCCAGCUCUCGGUGUUGCCAAAGUCGCUGCUCCAGUAAUUGCCAAGGCCGUCGAUGACUACGAUCCAAACCCACAGUACAGCUACAGCUACCACAUUGCCGAUGCCCUGACCGGAGAUAACAAGGAACAACAGGAAUCCCGCACCGGGGAUGUUGUCACUGGAUCGUACGCUCUGGUUGAACCUGAUGGCACCCGUCGUGUUGUUGAGUACACUGCUGACCCAGUCAACGGAUUCAACGCUGUUGUUCACCGUGAGCCACUAGCUGUCAAGGCUGUUGCUCCAGUUGCCAAGAUCGCCGCUCCUCUGGGAUACCCAGGAUAUGCCAGACCCAUCCUCGGUUAAGCACUAUCAGCAGGCUGAUCGAUUCAAAUAGGAUCACUUGUGAUUGCACAGAACUCCACUCCUGCAUUGCACAGCAGAACUCACUGCUCUGUGAAAGUCAACAAUGAUUUAUCCUUAUUCAUUCAUCGAAGACCGACCACCGCAUCGUAUUAUGGACCGUGAUUGAAGGCUCGUACAAAACACGUACACCAUGUACAAAACACAAUUAGAAUCAUUCAUUUGUAAAUAGUAGCAUAUUCGCUCAAAGAACGUAAACGUACCAUACGAACAUCAUCUAUUCUGCAUACAAAGAGCAGUGCAUAAAAACCACCGCACUCUACUGUUAUGUUUGACUGUGUGUGACUUAAGUGUUAUUCUAGUUUUAUUAGCUCAAUAAAUGCAAACUCGGAACAGUGAAACGAUAUAUCAACGUCA